GCCAAAUAAGGAGGAAAUGAUGAAUCCAGCGCUGAAAGAAAAAGGGAAUGAUGCUUUCAGCAAAGGGGACUAUGCCCUGGCCAUCCAGAGGUACACUGAAGGUCUAAAGAAGCAGAAGGACAUGCAGGUGCUAUACACCAACAGAGCACAGGCUUACAUGAAGUUGCAGAAUUAUGAAAAGGCCAUCAGUGACUGUGAUUGGGCUUUAAGGUGUGAUGAAAAAUGCAUCAAAGCUCUCUUCCACAUGGGGAAAGCAUACUUGGCCCAGAAGCAGUACAGUAAGUCCAGGGAGUGCUACCUGAAAAUUUUAGAAAUCGAUCCCCAAAAAGAGAACCUGUGCAAAGAUUGCAUAAAUGAAGUAGACUUGGAGGAAAAAAGGCAAUACGAGGAGGAGAGAGCCUUACAGGAGUUAGAAUCUGGAAAGCAAGUUUCUGUAUCUGUGAUCGAGUUGCUGCAGAAACUCAGCAAGCCUGAUGAGAACGCCUUCUUCUAUGCGGGUGGGAUUAGGCUCUUGACAAAAGCGAUACAAGAUUGCACUGAACAAAUCUUGUUUAGAAUGAACAAUGGGUUCAGUAUCAUCAAUGACAACGAGGUCGUACGACGGGUCUUCUGCACCAAGACAACAUAUGCGGCUGAAAUGGAACUGACUCUUUCCCUUCUCCUCCUCUGGCAAGCAGUCUGCAAUGGGAAUGAAGAGAACCAGCGUCUGCUUCUAACUCACCCUGAUGUGAAUGUGCAACUUCCCACUCUAUUGCUUUCUGAGGUGCCCGAAAUCCAAGAAAACUGCAUGGCCCUGCUUUCUCUCUAUGCGGAGACUGAGAAUGGGAGGAGCCUGCUGAUCCGACACCUGAAUACAACCAAGUGGCUGCAGAUUUUGAUGUCCUUCAUCAAGGUUUUUGACAGCAGGGCAAGCUGUGCUUUGAAGCUGCUGACCAACUUAAUCAUGGAGGAGAAGUUCAAAAUCCAGUGUCGUAUCAAACUCUCCACAGAGGCUUUGCCGUUGUUUACACAGUUGCUGGGUUCUGUCAAGACGGUGAAUCAGCUCGCCCUUGCACAGUGUAUCGCCAUCAUGGGAGAUCUCUGCUCAGACAUGGUCAUCCGAAUGCAGAUGUCUGAAAGCCAGGAAUGCUGGCAGUGUUGUUUGUGUUUUUUGGAUGAAUGCUGGACUGAAAAGAAGGUCACCAUAUGCCCCGAGUGCCUAUAUGCAGUGCUUGGCCUAAUGAUGAACCUCUCUGUGGAACCCAGUUUGAUCAUUCAGGAACAUGCAGAAGAAAUCUCUGAGAAAUGCAUGUCGCUUUUCAGCAGUAAAGAUGGAAGAAUUGUGACUCGGGCAGUUGGGCUUUUAAGCCACGUCCUGCCAACAAGUCAAGUGGCACUGGAAGAGGCAGUGAAACAAGACGUGGUGAAGAAAAUGAUCAGAUUCCUGAAGGACAGUGGACCAACCACAACUAGCUAUGCAAUGAAGACCCUUGCCGCUUGUGCCAAAAGCAGCCGACGGGCGCAGGAACAGAUGGUGAAGUGGGACAAGAAAUGUAACACAUUGCUAAAACUCCUGCGCUCCCAGGAUGAGAUGGUAGCAGGAAAUGCCGCUUUCUGCCUCGGGAGAUGCCUUGAGGUGCCCGGAACAGCGACGAAUUUGCUAGACACCGACGUCGUGAGGAUUUUAUUGAAAGUCAGUGGCAGGGAUGCCCAGAAGACCUCUGUGCAAGAGAAUGCAGCCAUCGCUUUGGGGAAGCUCUGCACAGCUGACGCCAGGCAGGUAUCCGUAGGAAUGGGCUCACCCAGGAUUGUCCUCAAACACUUUGCCUGGAUUCAUCUGAACAGCUGA